UUCCCAGUGCAGUUCCAAAUCGCCGUGGGCUGGCCAGGCGCCUGGUUAGUCGUUACUCAUCGUUCGAGGCGGUUACAACCAAGAUUAGCCAAGCAAAAUGCUGGACGCCGAGGUGCGAGAACUUAUGCAACCCUUUGUGCUGAGCGACUACCAGGUGCAGGAGGUGUACAGUCGCUUCUGCCUGGAGGUGGCCCGCGGCCUGAAGCGCUCCACACAUCCGCAGGCCAAUGUGAAGUGCUUUCCCACGUACGUGCAGGAUCUGCCAACGGGCGACGAGAUGGGCAAGUACCUGGCCUUGGAUCUCGGCGGCACCAACUUCCGGGUGCUGCUCGUCUCGCUGAAGGGUCACCACGAUGCCACGGUCGAAUCGCAGAUCUACGCCGUGCCCAAGGACCUGAUGGUGGGUCCGGGCGUGGAGCUGUUCGAUCACAUCGCCGGCUGCCUGGCCAAGUUCGUGGAGAAGCACGAUAUGAAGACCGCCUAUUUGCCGCUGGGCUUCACCUUCUCCUUUCCCUGCGUGCAGCUGGGCCUCAAGGAGGGCCUCCUGGUGCGCUGGACCAAGGGCUUCGACUGUGCCGGCGUGGAGGGCGAGGAUGUGGGUCGUAUGCUGCACGAGGCCAUUCAGCGGCGCGGCGAUGCCGACAUCGCCGUGGUGGCCAUUCUCAACGACACAACAGGCACACUGAUGUCCUGCGCCCAUCGCAACGCCGACUGCCGUGUGGGCGUCAUUGUGGGCACUGGCUGCAAUGCCUGCUACGUGGAGGAUGUGGAGAAUGUGGAUCUCCUUCAAGCGGAUUUUAAGAGGACGAAACGACAGGUGAUUGUGAACGCGGAGUGGGGCGCCUUUGGCGAGGGCGGGCAGUUGGACUUUGUGCGCACCGAGUACGAUCGCGAGGUGGACGAGAAGUCCAUUAACCGGUCGGAGCAGUUGUUCGAGAAGAUGACGGCGGGCAUGUAUCUGGGCAACCUAGUACGCCUUGUCCUGCUACGCGCCCUCGAGCGCAAGCUGAUCUUCAAGCAAAGCAGCCGGCGACCGGAGUUCGCCAGUGUGCUGCAGAAGAACCCGGAGGUCUUCGAGACGCGCUACAUUUCGGAGAUCGAGGACGACUCGUUCCCGGAGUUUGGCAGCACCAGGAAGAUCGUGAAGCAGCUGUUCGGCCUGGAGAAGGCCUCCGUGGAGGACUGCCAGACGCUGAGGUACAUCUGCGAGUGCGUAGCCAAGCGGGCGGCCACUCUGGUGGCCAUCGGAGUGAGUGGCCUGGUCAACAGGACCUCCAACCGUCGUGUGAUAGUCGGCAUGGAUGGAUCCGUGUACCGGUAUCAUCCGAAGUUUGAUGCCUACAUGCGGCAGACGCUGCAGAAGCUGGUGAAGGCGGACAAGGAGUGGGACAUCAUGCUCUCGGAGGACGGAUCAGGACGUGGAGCCGCGCUGGUGGCCGCGGUGGCCAGCAAAUCGAAGUAGGUACUAACUACAUUUGUAGCAAUAAUAGAAGGAAUAAAGAAACUCUUGACUCACAA